AUGGAGCCAAUCCAGUGGCUGUGUGAGCAGCAUCCAUUACUGACGUACCAAUGUUUUUCCGUUCCCUUUGCUUUUCUAUUCUACGUCUUGGCUAAACAGGGAUGUCUCUCUUUGACAUACAGGUCUGUAUUAUCUAUUUUAUACCGCUAUUGUAAUAUUAUAAGUUGAAGAUCAGGGCUAUUUUAAUUAUUUUUUGCAACAAAAGGUCAGACCAAUUAUAAUUUACUUUUAGUAUACACACUUGUUUAUACAAAUUGUUUAUCCACUGGUUAAUCCACACUUGUUAAUUCCAAAUGGAGGUUCCAACAAAGGAUUUCAAUCAAACUGCCUAUUUUGGUUGAGCGGUAGGAGGUAUAAAAAGGAACUAAAUACCUGUGAACACUGGUCUUGACAGGUACCUUUUCUUGGCAUCCGGAGGCUGUAUCCUAGCUGUUGUCACCAUGGGUGUAUACAGCUUGCUUCUGCUCGUCUCCACUGUGAUCUUUGUGCUGCUGGUGUGUUCACUGAGCCCAGACCGUGUCCAUCCAUGGGUCUUUGGAUUGCAGAUGGGUUGGCAAACCUUCUGGCACCUGCUCAUACAGUACAGAGAAUACUACCUCAAUGAGCCCACUGAUUCCAGGUACAGCACUGUUCUUAAUUCAGUCAAGACUUUCAAAAGGAUGCUAGUUUCCUACAUGUACUUGUGACUUAAAUGUUUGUUGUCUUGGUUGUCUGUGCAGUAGAUCUCAUGAGCAAACCGUAAUCUGGGGCUUGGGGGUCAAUGAGUUCACAACGAAAACAUAAACAUCAGCUCCACAAUAAGUACAUUUGAAAUAAAGUAAUCGUUGUCUCCCAGUCCCAAUCCACCAAUAAAAUGUGGAAAGUACAGAACUUAAUCUCAGACUGUUUUACUUUUAUUUUCUGUCAGGCUUCUCCUAUCAGUGUCCUCCUUGAUGCUACUCACCCAGAGAGUCACCUCCGUGUCAAUGGACCUACAGGAGGGUGGCAGAGUGACAUUAAUGACCCAAUCACAGGCCAAAUGCCGGGUCUUUCUCCCACUCAUCAGCUAUGCCCUACACUUCACUGCCUUGCUCGGCGGACCCCUGUCCUCAUUUGACCAAUUUGUCUAUUUUGUAGAGCAGAUAACCAUCAGCCCUCCUCCCCAGCCUUUGUCUGUUGUCUCCUACAAGGUCUUUCAGGUGUUAUCUCUGGAGUGGGCUAGGAACUAUCUCACUCAUCUCCUCAGAGACAAUGCCUCCAGUUUGUCCGUCUCCAACAACGUCCUCACUGAUGUCUUGUGGGUAUGGGGCCUUGCUGUGGUGUUGAGGAUCAGAUACUACUCCCACUGGAGGAUCAGUGAGUGUCUGAAUAAUGCUGCUGGGCUUGGGUUCAGGGGGAUGGUCAGGGAGGACGGCCCAAACUGGAGCGGCCUGUCUGACGGAGAUCUUUGGACCACAGAGAUGUCCUGCCAGGUGUCCGAAUUUGCCCGUCGGUGGAAUGGUACGACAGCUACAUGGCUACGUAGGCUGGUUUUCCAAAGAUGCAAAACUGCUCCGCUGGUAAUGACGUUUGGGUUUUCAAUCUGGUGGCAUGGCUUACAUAUGGGUCAGUUUGUAGGGUUUCUUGUCUGGGCUGCAGCUGUGAGAGCAGACUACCAGAUACACAAGUACUUGAAGCCAAAGCUCACAUCUACUAGGAGGAGAUUGGUGCACACCUGUCUGGGUUGGUUAAAUACUCAGAUGGUCAUGGCGUGUGUUGUUAUUGCAAUCGAGCUUCGAAGUACUUCCUCUUUGAGAAUAUUGGGUCUGACAUACACUGGUGUUUUUCCUCUUCUUAACGUUCUAUUUAUCUUCAUUUUAUGA